CCGAAAACCCCGAAAUCGCUUUCUUUACGUUUUUCACGGGCCUUUCUAUUUUCCGGUUUUGGAAGAAGCGAAUAUAUUCCAUAAUGUCCCUAUUUCCUGCCUACACCACAACCGCCAUCAGCGACUCACAAGGUCAAGUUCCAGCCCAAACAAGCGAUCUUGCAUGGCUAACCAAUCAGAGUUUUAUCGCAUUCCCAAGCACGGUGCAAGAGGAUGAUAGUGCCUCGGAGGAAGAAGAGCACAAACCGAGUAACAGCGUUCACCGGCAUCGGGAUCGGAAGCGAAAAAGGAAAAAGAAACACCACAAAAAAGAGAAGAAACACCGGAAGCAAGGCGGUAGUGACAGUAAUGGGAGUACUAGCCAUUCCGAACGUUCCGAUGACGAUAGGAAGAAGGUGAAAAAGGUUGAGCAACAACCGGUCAGGGUUUCCGAGUUGGAUUUCUACACGGACGUGGAUGCUUUGAGGAUCUAUCUGACCGUGGAGACGUUGCAUCGUCCGGCUUGUCCCAAGUAUAAACUGGGACCGUACCGGUUCGAUCGCUUAGGUUGGAGGAAGAGAGGUGUGAAGGUUCAGCGGUAUUUUAGGUAUUUUAAGAAGUUCAGAGAGAACGCCAGUGGGGGUGGAUCGGAGGGAAACGUGUUGGAUAAGGAGAUGGAGCUGGAGAAGGCCGCUCGAGGGGAUUCCUCGGUGGAGAAAUGGAUUGAAUACUACAGGUUUAAGCAGGACAAUCCGAUUCAUGCCGACAGUUAUCAGAAUCACAAGGCGGAGCUGGCGGUCGUUGAACGGGCCAUGCAACGUCAUCCGGACGACGAUCAGCUCAUGGAAUUGUAUAUGGACGGCAUUGUGAAGGUUUAUCCAACGGAUGAAGUGCUGGAAUUGAUCCAGAAACAGAUACGAAUGGACAAUACGAACGUUCUGCUAUGGGAUGCAUUGAUCAGCAAUAAGCAGUCCUCGAUGGCUCAGUGCAUAGCUCCAAACGUGCUGAAAUUGUACGAGAAAAGCAUCCGGUCGCUAUUUUUGGCCAAGCGCAGCGAUGAAGUGAUGUUGAAAUUCUUCAAGAAAUGUGCGAUUUUCUGCAGACAAAGUGGAUUGUGGGAGCAGUUCUUCGGGCUGGUUCAGCUCACCAUUAGUUUGAAUGUUAGUGGUAAUUUUGGGAGCGGAAGACACCUGUUUGUGUCCCCGGAACAUAACAACCAGUUGAUUGAAUACGAAGAAUUGAUCCUGAAGUCGGGUCUUCCGAUGAACGAAAUUUGGUUGAGGAUCGAGAAACUGCGAAGUGCUUUUCACUUUCUGCCCUUUCAAGGGUCUCACAUGUGCGGCGACCCACAGAGAAUGGUUCUUCAGGAGGAUAUCAUUGGAUUCGUCUAUCCGCUGAUUAACAAAGAAUAUGCCUUCGAUCUCGUAAUUUUGAUCCUUAAAAUGAUGAAGUACCCAUUCGAAAGCUGUGCUUUCGAGAGAUGUUCAUUUUUCGAACCGGAACCGUAUGAGUCGGAUCAUUCCGAGCAGCUGUUGCCGUUGUUUUUGGACUUGAACAGGAAUAAGAAAGUCGAUUCCAUUGUGCUGAAUAUGAUCAAAGAGCUGAACACCCCUCCGUCGUUCAUCAACACGAAUCUAGCGUUCGAAUCGUAUUUGGAUCUGAUGCGAGCAUUUCUGAUCUCUGCUGCGGAGCACUUCUCCGACGAGAAGAAUGUCAUCUUGCUGCUUCUGUACCUUAAGCUAGAACGAAUUCUUCUGGUGUUCGACAAGCACUCUGGUCCACUCACCGAUGAACGUAAGAAAGCCACACGCUCUCGCGUCAAAAAUCUUCUCAAAAAAAGCAAGUAUCAAAACAACCUCAAUUUCUACAUCGAAUACGGAUUGAUCGAGUACGAAAUGGAAGAACUUGGCCCCAGUUGCGUGAAGAUCUUCAAAACCUCUGUACAGGUAUUUUGUGCUCAAGAUGAUCAACUAGAUGACAAUGAUCUCUUCACACUGGUCCUGAAGCUCACCGAAGUCCUGCUGAAGGAAGGCCAAAAGACUCAAGCGAUUUAUAUUAUGACCAAGCUAGCACUGAACCCCAAAACCAUCAGCUUCGACUCGGCAGAAACUGUUACGGAUCCUACCAAGCUGUUAGCCUUGCAAAAAUUCAACGAACGGGCCAACCAGUGUCUGACAAAGGAUAGUCAAGUCGACGAGUUCAUGUCCUUGGAACAGUAUUUUAUCACAAACCCGCUGAUCAACGGCCUCAGAGCCUACCUCUACUACAUGGCCUUGAUCAAGUCCAAAGCGGAAACUACCAAGAAGAUUGAUGGUUUCCUAUUCCACUUCAACGAUCGGGACAACCCCAGACAUCGAUUCGUUCGGGAACAACUGUUCGAGAUCUAUCUGAAAAUCCUGGAAUUCCGGUUGGAAGAGUUUAGCAACGAUUGCUUCCUGCAGGUCAUCGAUCGAGUGCUGCACGAGUACCCGGAGAAUCUCACCGCCAUUCGUAUGUGCACCUAUUCGGAAUCGCUGUCCUGGUUCCAGAUUCGGACGAUCCUCGGAAAGCACCUGACCACCAAGUCGGUUCUCCUGUUGGUGACCGCCGCCCGGAUUCGUAAUCUUUACUCCAUCCAAAAACAGACAGCGGAAGAGGAAACUUACGACGACCAGGUCUACAAAAGGCGGAUUUUGAAUCUGCUCAAGCAUUCGGUGCGGAGAGAAUCAACGCUUCGGCAGAACGCUCUACUCUGGCGGCUGUACCUGAGAGAGUUGUUCGAUCAACCUGGCGGAGAUUCGGGAGGGAAUGCCCUGGAGCAGUGCAAGCGGACGCUCUACAUGGCCCUGGAGGCGUGUCCCUGGAACAAGGUGCUGUAUCUGGAUGGGGCAUUCUUUGCGCCGCAGGAACUGUCGCAGCUGUUGGAUUUGCUGUUGGAGAAGCAACUGCGGAUACACGCCAUCCCGGAGGAGUUGGAGAUACUGAGGAAUGAGUGAGGAUGUUGAUGGAUGGAUGUGAGAU